UCGAGAAGAAAGGCAAUAAGGGGAGAGAUUCAUCCAAUCCGUUUUCCCAACAAUUUCUCUCUCUCUCUCCAUCUCUGUGGCAUCUUCAGGCCCUCCAAUCCUUCAUCCAACCCUUUUGGUCAUUCCCCAGGUUUUACUUUUAAUAUUCUAUAAUCUUCACAUAAUAAUCCAAUUGUGAUAUACCAAAGUCUGUGUCUUUGUAUAUACAUGUAUCUAGUUUUUGCCUAGUUGGGUUGGUUUGUGAGUGAAAUCUGAUUAAUUUUAGAGGUUAUGAGGCUGAAAUUUGGGGGGUUUUUGCUGAAUUGCUGUGUAUAUUCUGUAUAUUUUUAAUCUCCUUUUUUCCCCGUUGUUUUCAGCUUUUUUACUUUCGGGGGUUGGAUUUUUAAUAAAUUUUAAGCUGUGGAUGUCGUUAAUUUGGGGAUUUAGGUUGAUGGGUCUGAUGGGUUAUGCUUAGUUUUUGCUUCAAGGGAUUGUUUUUUUAUGGUUCUUUGACAACAUAGUUAGGUUUGGUAAAGCAUAAUUAGGACUCAGUUUUUAGCAAAAUUAUGGGGUCCUUAACCAGAUGUGUAUAGGGUAGACUGAAAUUUGAGUGGAUUUGCAGAGGGAGGUUGGAUUAUAUUUCUAAAUCCUCUGUUGGAAAAGGAUUUAUUGGUGUAAAUUAGCUCGAUUUCGGGUUUGACUGUCGAAGUCAGCUGAAAAUUCAAAGGCUUGUUGAAUAAGGAUAAUCUGUGAAGUUAAACAAGUUUAGCUUGGUUGAGGUAUUGUCACUGUGUUGAUAAUGGCUGAAUCAGUCGCUUCGACAUCUCUUCUUGGACAUCGACCUCUGUACACGGGAGCCUUCUUGAAGAAUUUCUCCAGCAAGAGGAGAUUUUCAGAUAACUGUCGAUUUCCUCUAGCAGAAAUUCUUGGUAGAAGGGUUGUUAUGGCCCCUCAUUUGCCUAGAUUGAGAGUGGAUCAGUCAAAGAAUUCAUCAAUCAAGGCCCUUGCAAUGGAACUAGCGAAGGAGACGUAUUCAUUCAAGGAGGAUAAAAUUCCCCAGAAGUGGAAUUAUCCUGCUGAUGCCAGUGUAGAUCGAAAACCUGGGUUGUGGCCACCGGAGAAUAGAGCAGAUAACCCUUCACUACACAAUCCCUUGCUUCGGCAAGAGCGGAUGGGGAGUGGUUGGCUAGUUGCCAUAUUCGAGUGGGAAGGAGUUCUAAUUGAAGACAAUACUGAUCUUGAGAAGCAAGCCUGGCUAGUUCUUUCUCAAGAAGAAGGAAAAUCUCCUCCCCCGGCUUUCAUGCUUAGAAGAAUUGAAGGUAUGAAGAAUGAACAGGCAAUGUCUGAGGUUCUCUGUUGGUCGAGAGACCCAGCACAGUUGAGAAGAAUGGCUGCUCGAAAGGAAGACAUUUACCAAGCUUUGCAGGGUGGAAUAUACCGAUUCCGAGCCGGGUCAAGAGAGUUUGUGAAUGUCUUGAUGCAUUACAAGAUACCAAUGGCACUGGUCUCUACACGCCCUCGAAAAACUCUUGAGGCUGCAAUGGGAUCCAUUGGUAUUGAAGAAUAUUUCAGUGUGAUGGUAGCUGCAGAAGAUGUUCAAAGGGGAAAACCUGAUCCAGAAAUGUUUGAGUACGCGGCACAACUUCUAAAGUUCAUACCUGAGCGGUGCAUUGUGUUUGGGAACUCAAAUCAAACAGUUGAGGCUGCCCACGAUGCCCGGAUGAAGUGUGUGGCUGUUGCCAGUAAGCAUCCUGUAUAUGAGCUUGCGGCUGCAGACUUGGUGGUUAGGCGCCUGGACGAGCUAUCUGUUGUUGAUUUGAAGAAUCUUGCAGAUAUUGAGUCUGAAUUCGGGUCUGGAGAGCCAGAGUUGGAAAUGGAAGAAGAGGAGGAUCCGUCUCCAUCAACCAGUGUAGCAUUCGAUGACAAUUUCUGGUAACCCUGUAAAAUGUACAUAUGUUUAUUUGUCAUUUGAUUAUUGAUGAUGUUUUAUAUCGACGAUGCUGUGUAUAAGAAAAAAAGGGAAAACAAGUGAAAGGGGAAAAAGAUUUCAGGUAGUUUGCAUUGGACUACCUUCCUUAAUGUUAUCAUGUAUCAAUGUAUGUAUUUGCUGUACUA